AUGGGCUUAUCUCUAAAUGAUACCAUUAUAUCGAAUUCCGGCGAGCAAAUGGAGUGUGAUAUUCAAUCCCAAAAGUCCUGUGAACUUAACAAAUACAGAAGUUUAAUAAUUACAAAUCAUGCUGAGGGUAUGUCCUUAAAAUCGAGUGAGAACAUAACGGCCGAUCGUAGCGGCUCGAGCGGAGACCGCUGGGACCCCGCGGAACGCGGUAGCGGCGGGGGGAAGGACGCAUCGCUCCGAUCGCCGGCACCGACCGAAGCUAACCCGAGCGUAGACGUCAACGCAUUAAAUAAUAUACAGUCGGCGAAUACACUAUCCUUUGCCGAGGUUAUGAAUUCAGACGGCGAAUGGAAAUUGGUUCAGCGGCGGAAGCAUAAUACUAAGAUGUAUAGAUACCUCGGGGUAUUAAAACUCCGUCUCCGCAUUUUUUACUACUUUUGGUGUAACGAGCUCUGCCGUAAACUAAGUAUCCAGCAUCAAACAAUUCAUGAAUUAAAACACCAGCAUCAAUGUUGGCAUCCAUCAAGCUGGUAA